UAUGUCAGAUUUUGAAGAUGGUGAAAUUAGUGACGAUGAUAUUCCUGCUUUGAUAAAUAAAACAUCGAAGAUUCGAAACUCUGAAGUUAACACCUCGAUUAAUGCAGAUAAUGAGCCUAAAACAAAAAAGAAAAAAACAAACAACAUAUGGUCUUCCGUAAUACAAGAGGAUACCUUGACUUCAACACUUAAUAGCAUUGGCGUUGGAAAAUCGGAGCACAAGAUUGAAAGAAAUGUUGAAAGCUAUGAUUAUUCAAGUGCCUUUAAAGAUAGUAGACCUCUAACAAAUGUAACCUCGCCACCUGAAGAUCCUCUCUCAUUUCUAUACGACCAUGAGGCAGAUAGUAGCAAUGAGGACAGCGAUUCGAAAGGUACAAGCAGUAAAGAGGACGAAGAAGAAAAAAAAGAGCAUAAGAACAAUGAUAAAGGAAAAUCUGGUAAAAAGGCCAAAAAACACAAGAAGCCCAAUGAUGGAUAUCGUAAAUUAAAGGAAACCCAUAGCAAAAAAACAAUUGUUCGUUCACUUGCUAGAGAUCUAAAGGAACCCAAAGUUGCUCUCAUAUGGAAAGUGGUGCAGAUUUUAGGUAAGAAAAAAGCCUUAGAGAUUUUUUACAAAACCGAAGAAAUAGAGAAAAAUGGUGGAAUGAUGAUUGUGUCUGGAAACAGAAGAAGAACCCCCGGUGGAGUUUUCUUGCAUUUAACUAGAACAGAUGAAUAUACUGACAAAGAAACAAGAAUCCAAAUAUUUGGAGAAGAAAGCGCUAGAUGUGAAAAUAGAAAAAAGAAUCGUAAGCGAAAAAAUAAUCAAAUGGAAACUGAAAAUAAUGAGGAAGCAAAGAGUGAAAAUUUAUCGAGUGAUGUUGUUGAUGUUGAUUUAGGUAGUUAG